GGCAGUUGUUUCGCAUGUCGUCAGACGAAAAAUCAAUCGUUGAGCAAAGGAAUUUGGAGGAAUUUAUAGUUCCAGCCAUGAAAGAUUACGAGAUUGAAGAAAAGAAGCAAGCUGCUUCAGAUGUCAUGUUUCAAUAUUCAAAAUUUGCUCUUGCGUGUCUUGGAAACCAGACUCGGCCAUGUGACUUAAGAUUGCAUCUGAUGAAGGAGAUAUCUGGUUUGCCGACUUCACUGAAAAAGGCACCAUCUCACACAGCCGCUUCUCCUGAUGUUAUGGGAGAAUCGUCUAGCUCAGGCACUGCAAGGCUUGACAAGGCAGAUAGUUUUAGAGCAGUCUGAGAUUUCAUUGCUAAUGAUUUUGUCGCCAUCAUCAUGAAGCUGGCUUACUCCUGCUCUUCCUUCAUCAUCUUCAGUGAAUAUAUGUAAAUGAACCAUAGUGACCUUGGAACUCAUAUGUCUGCAUUCAUCCGUUGUGUCAUAUAGACGACUCCCCACACCGUGAUAAUAGAGCAUUUUGUACGUUACAAGCGCACCCUCUGUUUCCGAGAGUGCAUUUAGAUGAUGCAGGAGUGAAAGUGUGACUGGACUGUUCAUGAAAUAACAUUCUUUUCUGCUAUGGGUAUCUAAGUUUAAAGAGGACAUUAUGUAAGAUGGGAUGUUAUGCAUGUAACUCUUCAUUCAAGUUUGAUAAUUACAUGAAUCGUAUUUGAAAAUCA